AUGCGGGACGAGUCCAAGACUCCCCUCGUCAUCGUCGCCUGCGGGUCCUUCUCUCCCCCAACCUACCUCCACUUGCGCAUCUUCGAAAUGGCAAAAGACCAAGUCAUCGAAUCGGGCAAGUACGAGCUCCUCGCAGGAUACUACUCUCCCGUAUCGGAUCACUACCGUAAAGCCGGUCUAGCACCAGCUCGUCAUCGAGUGAGAAUGUGCGAGCUGGCAGUGGAAAAGACGUCAACUUGGUUGAUGGUGGAUGCUUGGGAGAGUUUGCAGGACGAGUACCAGCGAACAGCAGUCGUGUUAGACCACUUCUAUGACGAGAUCAACGGACCCAUCCACCCUGCGACAAAUGGGUCCGGUCAUCCUCAGCCCGAAGGAGGCGUUUUACUCAAGGAUGGCAGGAGGAGAAGAGUGAAGAUCAUGCUCCUUGCCGGAGGAGACUUGAUCCAAUCCAUGGGGGAGCCGGGCGUUUGGGCGGACGCCGACUUGCAUCACAUCCUGGGAAGGUAUGGCUGUAUGAUUGUUGAGAGGACAGGGGCGGACGUCUGGUCCUUCCUCCUUUCGCAUGAUCUGCUCUGGGAGUAUAGGCGGAACCUCAAGAUUGUCAAGCAGACCAUUUACAACGAUAUUAGCAGCUCAAAGGUGAGACUCUUCGUGAGAAGAGGUCAAUCCAUCAAGUACCUCCUGCCCAACUCGGUCAUCAAGUACAUCGAGACCCAUCAGCUAGUAAGUGUCUCAGAGUCGAGGCAUGGUAUGGAAGGAGCAGCUCUCACGACUUGGCGGACCAAGUGA